ACACUCUUCCUCAUUUCCUAGCCAGGUGCUUUGCAAGGCGAGAAACCUCUAAGAAAAAACACGCACACAAACAUUCCUUAUCGACUGCGGGACUUCGCCUUCUCACCUCGGUGGAUUGCAGGCGCUCGAGUGGCACCGAAAAGCGCCGUUUUGCAGAAGAGGAAGACAUUUUCAACUUCGAAACCACUGCUUCUACCCGACGAUCGAAACAAGUGGGAGCCUUAUUUUCAUUGAUGCCGUUUUUGCAACACUUCUCUGCAUUUAAGAAGUGGCAUGCCUAGCGUCUGUCUGCGAAACAGGUGAAUAUCUUUCUGCAUUGGUUGGUUACAGAACUUUUCUGCGUUGUUUUGAUAGGGGGGUAAACAGAGAGUCGUAAAAUGUCAAAGCCAGCAGAUCAUAUCAAGAGACCCAUGAAUGCCUUCAUGGUUUGGUCCCGGGGCCAGAGAAGGAAAAUGGCACAAGACAAUCCUAAAAUGCAUAAUUCAGAAAUAAGCAAAAGACUCGGCGCGGAGUGGAAGCUGUUGUCAGAAUCAGAGAAGCGACCCUACAUCGACGAGGCGAAGCGGCUGCGAGCGCAGCAUAUGAAAGAGCACCCAGACUACAAGUACAGACCCAGACGCAAGCCCAAAAACCUGCUGAAGAAGGACAGGUACGUCUUCCCCUUGCCCUACCUUGGGGACACGGAUCACUUGAAAGGACUUCCCAUAUCGGCCGCGGACUCUCUUUUGAGUGCCUCAGAAAAAGCCAGAGCAUUUCUGCCGCCAACGUCGACACCUUACUCAUUUCUUGACCCAAGCCAGUUCAGUUCAAGCGCCAUACAGAAGAUGACAGAGAUGCCCCACACGUUGACCACCAGCACUUUGCCCUAUGCGUCCUCAUUGGGAUACCAGAACGGCGCUUUUGGUAGUUUGGGCUGCCCAAGCCAGCACACCCAUACCCACCCUUCGCCCACAAACCCUGGGUAUGUGGUACCCUGUAACUGCACAGCCUGGUCGACGUCGAGUUUACAACCUCCCGUUGCCUACAUACUUUUUCCAGGUAUGACCAAGACUGGGAUAGACCCAUACUCUUCAGCACACGCUGCGGCUAUGUAACCUGAUUAUAAAAGACUGACUUCUCUUUGAAAACUUGAAUACAAUGAUGCAUGUAUAUACGGACCAAACGCAAUCUUAAAGAAACAUCAUAAACAUUUCAUGAAGCCGAGGACUUGACAGAGGAACCGGACGAUAACUUUAAACGCGAUCGAACAAGACGUUCCUACAACCUCAGCGUGGAGCUGGGAAUUGAUGUAAGGCAGGUGCCCUGUGAACUGUAAGACUUGUAAAUGUUAUAAUGUUUAUUAAUGGCAACCGGAAAGGGACGCCUUUAACUUUAUUUAUUAUGUACAUUUUGAUGCUAUAAUAAUAUUUUUGUUCAGUGA